CUGUCUUUGGUCUCUGCAAACCUGCAUAUGUGCAUAUCUUUGCCUCAAUAUCCAUUCACUCUCACUUUUUUUACAUUCUCUCUGGUUUCUCUUCCCCCGCUUCAUCCUUCACGCCUCUGCAAUCUGCUUUGCUAACACCCAAUUCGGAUCCUUAAUCCUCUCCCGCAUUUUUGGUUUUGGGGAAGUUGAAGUUGCUCAGAAUGUACUCGGCGAUUCGGUCGCUACCGUUGGAUGGGAUGGUGGGGCACGGUGGGGAGUACCAAGGGUCGCUUGAUGGGACCAACUUACCUGGUGAUGCCUGCUUGGUUCUCACCACGGAUCCGAAGCCCCGCCUACGCUGGACUGCUGAGCUUCACGAGCGCUUUAUUGAUGCUGUCACCCAGCUUGGUGGCCCUGACAAAGCAACACCCAAGACAAUUAUGAGAACAAUGGGAGUAAAAGGUCUUACACUUUAUCACUUGAAAUCGCAUUUGCAGAAAUACCGGUUGGGGAAGCAAUCAAGCAAGGAAUCAGCUGAUAACUCUAAAGAUGCUUCCUGUGUUGCAGAAAGUCAGGACAGUGGUUCAUCUACAACAUCAUCUAGAAUGGCUGCACAAGAUCUAAAUGAUGGUUACCAGGUGACUGAGGCUCUGCGAGUACAAAUGGAAGUGCAGCGUAGACUGCAUGAACAGUUAGAGGUACAGCGUCAUCUUCAACUUCGGAUUGAAGCCCAAGGCAAAUACCUACAGUCAAUACUUGAGAAAGCCUGUAAGGCUCUGAAUGAUCAGGCUGUGGCAUCUGCUGGUCUUGAAGCUGCUAGGGAAGAACUUUCUGAGCUAGCCAUCAAGGUCUCCAAUGAUUGUCAAGGGAUGGUCCCGCCUGAAACCAUGAAACUACCUUCCUUGUCUGAACUUGCUGCAGCCCUAGAGAGCAAAAAUGUUUCCAACAUGCCAGCCCAUAUUGGCAACUGCUCUGUAGAAAGCUGCCUGCCUUCAACUGGAAGCCCUGCUUCACCAAUGAAUUUGGGUCCUCAGGCUGCUGCUGCUGCUCUGAAGAAGAGGCCAAGGCCCUUGCUUAGCAAUGGAGACACCCUGCCCUUGGAAGGCAAUAUAAGGCAACAAGUAGAGUGGGUGAUGCCUAAUAUUGGUUGAAAUAGCAGACAUCUCCAUCUUAGAAGUUAGAAAUGGAACCUUUUCCUUGUUUAUUUUUUGUUCUUUACCCAUGUCUAGUGUCUUGUUAAUCCAAUUGUCCUCUCUGGUAUCAACCAUACCAUCAUCUGUAUAUUCUAAUCGCAGAUCCUUCUACGUUUUGCCUUCUUUCUAUAUUUCCAACUUAAAGUUGCCAUCUUUUAGUUAUACAGGCAGGGUAAGUUCAGAAAUUAUUCUUGUUUGCAGUCGGGAAUUAAAUUAAAUAUAGGAGU